AUGCCCUCCGUAAGCCUGCGCAGUGGCGAUGCUGCAGCAAAUUUAGCAUCAACGCAGUCACCCUUCGCAGGGAGACCAAAUGCCUUUUUCUCCUCUCACGGCAGCGCUGAGGGCAGCGGCGAUGGCAGGCGAUUAGCUCGCGAGUCGGCGCCGCCGCCGCCGCAGCAGCAGCAGCAGCAACGCGCACCGAAGCCCUCCGCACCGAUCUCAAAGGGCGAAUUCGUGCAGAAGGCGCGGGAGAGGGCGGACGCGUCCGCCAAGGCGCGCGGCAGCCGUCCGUCUCGGAGGGAGUGUCAGCCCGAGGAAAAGUCUUGCAAGCGCCGGAAACAGCAGUCGGACAAGGAGCACAGGCAGGAGGUGGCACUGCGGCAAUCAUCGGCGCAUCGCCGUCGCGUCAUCCCGACCGCGCCGCACCGGCAGAUUUUCCUCGUUGGCGACUACUACUGCGGCGCAGGUGUGCUUGGCGCGCAGGAGCACGAGAGCUUCCACGCUGCGUACUCGAGCGGCGGCGGCGGCGGCUUUGGUAAUGCCCGCGGCGUUGAUGGAGGGAUGACGUAUGCAGGUGCUUCGACCACGGUGCUGUCCAACCGCGCCGCCACCGGCAUGUCUGCCCCGAAAGGCAUGUCGCUUCACGCCUCCCCUCCUGUCCCAUCCGGCGUCCAGCCCUUCAGCAACUCCUUGGGCAUUCGCAACAUGCAGACGGACUCGCCAUCGCACAGUCCAAUGGCGCAGUCGUCCACUAACACUGCUGCUUUUGCAAACUCCCAUUGCAGCCAUCGCAAGCGCAGGGGCCCCAAGAAGCUGCGUGUGAUGCAGCGCUUCUACGAGCCGGUGGAGCUGCAGGUGGAGUCCAUCUCAGCCUUCGCGAUGCGGCUCACUCUUGUGCUGUGGCACGCGUGCCUUAUCGCAGCUCUCGUCGUCGAAGUCAUUCCGAAGGUGCAAUGGUCGAUGGUAAACAUCUGUGGCCCAGCUUACGGCGUAGAUCUGCGGCGCAUGGACAAGUGGACGAGCCCCUGCGUGACCUCUCCGCCGACUGUAGCGGCUAACGGCACCCUCACGACACCAGCACCGGUGUCGCUUAGGUGGGGCGGCUUGAACUUGACCCAUCAGCAUAGCAGCAUGGUGCGCUACCGGCGCGUGGCCUUUAGUCUACCUCCGCCAACUGACCAGGCAAGUAUAGUGCAGGUGUACAACGUCGUCGCCGAGAGUCGCAUAUCGGGCAACGGAGUGGAGCGGGUCUCGAAGUACCCCUUGUCGAUUCGCUGCGACAGGACGAAGACUCGGUGUGAUGUGGCGCGUGUGCCGGAGCUCUUGCUUGGCAACACGCCCACGUUUGCGGGCGAGUUCAGCUUCACCCUGACCUUGGUGCCGGAAUCGCUGGCGGCCGGGGCGGCCGGUGGCUCCGUCGGCAUUGCCUAUCAACGCUCUGCCUACACGGUUGCCACGAUUCUGUGGCGCUACACGCUGAUGGUCUUUUCCCUGAUUCACACGCUACGAUUUGUCGCGUACUGCAAGUACACGAGCACCCUGUACGAGCAGAGCUGGACGCUUGUCCUUCAGGUGGCGCUGCUGUGGUACAUGAACCCGCUGUUCGCGCUGAACAUCGCGAGCUGGCCCUUAUCCUCCAUGCUAGCCUUCAUGGAGUACCGCAUCCCCACCUACUUCAUGGCGGUGUCGAUUGCAUACAUGCUCUCCGUCAUGACCGCCUCGAUGAUGUGGGCCCGCCCCCUCGAAGCGAAGCUGAACGACGGUGCUUUCGCCAAGCUGAAGGCCUUCCUCGCGCGAAGCCGAAACGUGUGCGACCCACCCAUGUGGACCAAGAUCCUUAUCUUUGUCUACAUGCUCAGCAUCUGUGUGCUGGACAUCGUGGAUGCGGGCGUGAACAAGUACAUGUGGCAGCUCACCUCCAACAGCGAGGUGCGGUUCAAGCGGCUCUACUGGUUCGUCAUAAUCCUGCAGAUUGCUGGCGGUCUCGUCUGCCUGUUGCUACUCUUCUACCUACGCAGCUACCUCGGGAAAAAGCCGUACUUGGAAAGCCGUCCGCAGCAGCUUGCCUGUCGCGUGUUCUUGAUGGUCUUCCUGUCCGCCAUUGCUUACUGCGUGAUUCACUGUCUCGUUUUCUUUUUGCUCUACAACCGCGGCUACCCGGCGCUGGCCUCGCAGCAGCCGUUGCUGCAGCUUCCGAUGCUGAUGGUAGCGAGCUUCUUUGUGAAUAUCAUGACGCUCGUCUACACCUCACAGAGCCGCGACGAGAACGUACCCGUCAACCCGAGGGACCCGCGUUGGAAACACAUGGUGUGGCCCGACACGUGGUAUCGCUGGUUGGCGCGGCACGGCGGCAGCCAGUACAUCUUUGCCACAGAGCAGGAGGAGACGCGGUUUUACCGUCUUCAGUUUCAAUUUCGACGGCGGCAGUACAUGGCGAAGCAGAAACGGCUUCAGAGCUCGGGCGGAGCAGUGGCGAGAUUCGUACCCACUUUGGCCGGCUCCACCGCCACCGCCACGCUGUGGGAGCGCGCGCAGAACGCAAUGCCAUCCGACCUGUUCUCCUCCAUGCGUGAACUGCAGGGUGACGGCUGCCGUGCGACGAGCUCGCUGCAGCGCGACGGCAGCGCUCUCAUGUCGUGGCGCACCGACGUAUGCGCGUCGCCGCAGCCGAGCCGCCUGGUGAGCACAACAGACACGGACGACGACGCCGAUGACGGCGACAGCCAGCGCGAUGAGGAGCCACCGAUUGUGCGGGACAACGGCCGUGGCGCCAUCAGCCCCGUGCGCUGCGAUGAUCCUUCGGGUGCGCCGGAGGCACGAAGAGCAAGCCACCCGGCCAUCAAGUCGAGCCCGUCGCGACGCUUCGACGGUGACAGUGGCGCUGGUGCUGCGACCACCACACUCGACAUGCAGAGCAGUGGCUUGUGGCGCAGCCAUAGCCAUGUGGACUCGAAUGGCUUGAUGCCGGUGAGCGUAGCGGCACGCUACAUCAUCAACAUGGAUCGCUUUAGCACCUACUUUCUAGCGGACGGCGACGGCGCCGCUGGUGGUGACGGAGGCGUUGCGGAGUCGUACGCCGGCGUCAGGCGCGAUAGGUCAUUGGCAGGAGACGCGUACGCUAUUGAAGGCCCCGCGCGAUGGCGGUCCCGGAUGCGGCAGAACGCAUCUGCCGCGCGAGGUCUUGACGGCAGAGACGGCAGUGCUGCAUGUUGUAGGCUCUCGCAGCGUCAGGCAGCAUUGUCGGAGAACGCCUUGGCGCACACGUACACUGGUUUUGACCACCACAGGGGCCGUGCUUUGUCACUGGCGCCGUUGAAGCUCGCUGGCUGGUGUCAGCACCACGCACGCUCCCGCUCGGAUGGGAACGCUCUCACUAGCUCGUGGGGGGAUGCGGACGCGGAGUCCGCCAGGCGCAGCUGCAAGACAGCCUCACGGCAUGGCACACCUCCACUGGCGCCGCAGUCACGCUACCGAGAUCCCUCCGCCGGUGCAGACGUGCCAGGGGACACCGAGAUACCCAUAGCAGCGUUCGCGAGAGCGUUGCAGGCGGCAGCUGCGACGUCGGCGGAGGCUUCCAUCUCGGUGAUGCCGCACACCAAGGUAGACGAGGAGUGGCACAAAGAUGACAAGCGGCGACUAGGCGAAAGCGAAGUCGCCUCAAGCACCAACAAGGACACCUUCGUGCGCCAGCGCGAUCCUCUGCCUUGCGCGACGCUUCCGAUGCAGGCGCCGACUGCAGACGCAUCCGAUGCCAACGAUGGGGGCAAUCUCAAAGGGAUGCCGCUUGUGAGGAAGGAUGACCCUCCCACUGCGGCGUGCAUUUCACCACUGUUGACGACAGACGUGUCUUGCGUUGCGCCAGCGAGCGACGGUGUUAAUGCCGAUGCGCAACAGGUCUCUGUACGUGACGGCACAGGAAGUCAUCUGCGCAUAUCGCGCUCCAGAGACGGCGACGCGCUAUCCGACCUCUCUUUGCGCACCUCGGGCGACAGCGAUGAUGUCAGCAGCAGCGACCGCGCGCGUGGCCGCACUCGCUCUUUGAUGCGUACUCUGGUUCUGGCGCGGGAGCGCUUGGGAGCGCUGAUUGGGACGGCGGAGCGGAACCUGCUGGAGCGGCCGGUUCGCGGAUUGGAGCGGCUCGAGACGCACAUCUUCGACGCAGCAUAUCGGCCUUUUCAGGCAAUGCAGUACCUGCCCUUUUUCAACCUUGAGACUUCCAUCGACUGCUUUAAUAUCUCCUGGGAGGCCUACGGUGUGGAGGAGAGCACCGGCGGCCAGGCGAUCGAGACGAGCAUUCAGAUGACGCCGCAGAGCGGUCCUCGCGCUGUGGCCAACGCUAUCAAGAAUCGGCUCUGCGGCUGCUGCCCAGCGGAGGAAGACACGGGCGGCGACGACGCCGAAGAUGACAGCGAAAGCGAGGCGGAGCAGACAGUCGCGGCCGCGCGGGAAGUCGCUGGCCCAAUUGUCGGCGCUACCGACGGGACUGCAGCAGUCCCGUCUGCCAUCGGCGACGCUCGCACGGGGCAGGAGAUGCAUCUGUCCACCACGCCGUCCACGCGUAACUCGGACACGGUCAUUGUGUAUAUACGCAGCGACGAUGCCAGCGGCGGCGCAGCCGCGUUGCUGCCAGCCUCCACGCCUGCACUCGCCGGUAAGCGUCCGCCCAGCCGUUCCGCCUUGUCACCCACUGAGACUGAAUCGGGGGUGCCGGCGCCGACGGCAGCCGCAACCGCCGUCCCCGACUCAGCGGUGCUGCCCAUCAACGUCGAAAAGUACGGCUUUGUGCGGCUACUGGUGGCGGAGGCGAGGGAAGUGCAGAUGCUCAUGGUGAAGAUGGAUACGAGUGCUCGUGAACACAAGGGCAAGGCACCGCGCGUCAUCAUCGGCUUCCGCGGGACUGCGAACAUGAGCAACGCCAAGUACGACAUGAACAUUCACCGGGUCGUGUGGCGGGAGAUGGAGAAGACGGCGGAUAGGGAGGCAGCGAAUGCGGCGGGCGAAGAGAUGUCCGAGUUGGCGAGCACCUUUGACGAUGGCAGCACCACAGCUGCGCAGCACCUCGGCUGUGCGUCGUGCAUCCAUUCGUGCAUGCGCAAGACGUCGUGGCGGCCAACCUGUCACGCCGGGUUUCUUACCAUCUGGAAGACGCUGAAACCGACAGUGCUGUCGCGGCUGCGCGACGUCCUGUGGGGUGACCGCGGCACCGUCUACCGCAUCUUUACGACUGGCCACAGCCUCGGCGGCGCCCUGGCGUCCCUCUGCGCGUAUAGCAUCACCUACAUGCUGAGGCGCAUGGACUACCCCAUCGCCGACGUGACCGUCUACACGUACGGCCAGCCACGCAUGGGCAAUCGAGCGUUCCAGCGCAUUUACAACAAGGCCGUUCCGCGCACAUUCCGCGUUGUGAAUGAGAGCGACGUUGUCGUGAACAUGUUCAUCUUUGGCGGCUACCACGUCGGCAUCGAGGUGGACGUGGACCGCAAUGGCAACUUCAUUGUGAAGCCGACAGCGAUUGAGAAACUGUUUCCGCCGACGAAGGGGCGGGGGCUGAUGGUGGUCAACCACCUCAUGACCAGCUACGGGAUUUCGCUGAAUGCGAUCGCCUCUCGGACCCUAUGCCCGGCGCGCGGGCUUGACUUUUACUUGACCGCCGACCCCGAAAAGGUAGAGGCCAAGACGGUGAAGAUGGAGGCAAUCCACGCGGCGCCGUCGUCGAGCCGAGAAUCAAGGCGACAGGACGUGUGCAGAGAGAGGGAGAGAGAGGCCCGAACUGGCGAUAGCAAGGGGGGGAGCGCGGCCCGGUGA